AACAGCUGAUAAAAGAGGAACAAAAUUACACAACAAGCCAUUUUAAAAGUAGGCGCUCGUCACCGUGUUUUUCUUAUGCUACACAAAUACGCGCUCAGUAUUGUUUUAAAACGUAGUUUUCAUCAAUUCAAUUCUAUUCGAAGUUUUUCACAAAAAAUAACAAUGGCAAAUAAAACUGCGUUAGCUCUUUUGGCAAAUGGAAGUGAAGAAAUGGAACUUGUUAUUACAGUUGACGUGCUACGACGUGCCGGCGUGAACGUAACUGUAGCCGGUGUUGCGAACGCUGAACCAACUAAAUGUUCGCGUGACGUUGUUGUUGUACCUGAUAAAAGUCUACAAGAUGUUGCAAAGGAUGUUUUCGAUGUAGUGAUUCUGCCCGGUGGAUUAGGUGGCACCGAUGAGUUUAUCGCAUCCCCAUUGGUGGGAGAAGUGCUUAAGGCACAACAAUCCAGUGAUCGUUUGAUUGCAGCUAUUUGUGCAGCACCAUUAGCACUUAAAGCACAUGAGAUCGGUAUCGGAAAAUCAAUCACGUCAUAUCCAUCGGUUAAAGAUAAAUUAACCGCCGAUUAUAAAUAUGUUGACGAUCAACUCGUUGUUCAAGAUGGAAAAUUGAUAACCAGCCGUGGUCCGGGAACAGCUUAUCAAUUUGGAUUGAAAAUUGCCGAAGUUCUUGUCGGCGGAGAUAAGGCAAAACAGGUUGCAAGUGGAAUGCUGGUCAAUUGUUAAGAAUAUUAUUUUCUAUUCAUGUAUCCCGAUUGAAUCGAUUUUUAUUACCUCUUCCGCGCACCUAGUGUGAAAGGAGAAGAAUUAACUUUUAUGAAGAAUUUAUUCCACUUUCAUUUUUAUCAGUCAGUUUUUUGUUAACGAAUAUUCUUGAAGAAAUGAAAAUAAAAGAAGUAAAAUGAAAGA